GCGAAAGGGCCUUUCCAGCAAGCUGUGGUGGUGGGGUGGGGCUUUCUCUUUCUACCAGCAAGUCCCAGGUGGGCACAGCAGGGUCUCCCAUCCCGAGGAUGUCACAGCGGGUGACAUAUGCUGACCUGAGGUUUGCCAGGAGCCCUCCAGGGAAGAUCCAGCAAGAAGAGGCAAGUGAGGGCGAGCUCACCUAUGAGAACCUCCAGGGAGCCCAGCCUAGGGACGAGAAGACCCCCAGCAGCUCAGAGCCCCCCAAAGGGCAGAGCCGCCGGACCUGGCAUGUGGUGCUGGCGCUCGUGGGCACCUGCGCCUUCCUCCUGGCCACCACCGUCGGAUUCGGGGUCCGUUACUGGCAGGUCUCGCGGCAGCUCCAGCGGGCCUCCCAGGUCCACGUGGCGAACAGCAGCCUGCUGGAGCGGAGGAUCGACGCCAAGGAGGCGAGCCUGGGGCAGUGCCAGCGGUGGCUGCACGAGGCCGAGGAGGUGCUCAACUCCACCAGGGAGGCCCUGGGGGAAAGCUGGGCAGCCGAGAACCGCACCCGGGCCCAGCUGGAGCAGCGCGAAGGGAAGCUGAGGCAGGCAAACCUCAGCCUGGCCCGGCUGCAGCAGGAGAAGGGGGACCUGCAGCGCCGGUUGGAGUGGCAGCUGCUCCACGCAGCGUCCUGCCAGCGGAUCGGCUGCUGUCCCCAUGGAUGGAUGCUCUUCCGAUGGAAAUGCCUCCAUUUUUCAAGUGAUCGCAAGACUUGGGAAGAAAGCAAGAAUUAUUGUCACUGGAGAUCGUAUCAGCUACUUGUCUUAAAAGACCCCUGGAAUGCUGAAGAUCUAUGGGCUGCAGUAGGAAGAAUGGUCUGGUGCAAAGGGCUGUAG